UAUUUCUUACACUUAAAUGCCCAAAAAAGAACCGCUUCUUUGAACCGGGUGGGUUUGGCUUCAAGUCAUCAACAAAGGCUAAUGUAUGCCAAUUCUUCACUAUCUUCACCAACUCCAAAACUGUGCCAAGCACCGUUCUAUCGUCUCCACCAAACAACUCCAUGCCCAUUUCAUCAAACUUGGCGUAACCCAGUUUCUCGCUUUAAGCAAUACUCUUUUAAAUGUCUAUGGCAAAUGCAGCCUCCUUCAAGAUGCUCUCCAACUGUUCGACGAAAUGCCACAAAGAGACCAUGUUUCAUGGGCUACCUUUCUUACUACUCAAAACCAAGCCAACUUACCCGACAAGACCUUAUCUAUGUUCCCUGCCAUGUUUUCACUUGACAGGUUGCUGCCUGAUGAUUUUGUUUUCGCUAGCCUUGUCAAGGCUUGUGGUAGCUUGGGUGCUAUUAAACAAGGUAAGCAAGUUCAUGGCAACUUUUUAGUAUCACCCUAUUUUGAUGAUGAUGUUGUUAAGUCAUCUUUGGUUGAUAUGUAUGCAAAAUGUGGAUUACCUGAUGAUAGUCGUUUAGUUUUCGAUUCUAUUAAGUUGAAAAAUAUGGCUUCUUGGACUGCUAUCAUAUAUGGCUAUGCUAGAAAAGGAAGAAAAGAAGAGGCUUUGGAGUUGUUUUUAAGGGUUCCCCUGAAAAAUUUGUUUGCUUGGACUGCUUUGAUAUCUGGGUUAAUACAGAGUGGAAAUGGGGUUGAUGCAUUUGGCUUGUUUGUUAAGAUGAGAAGGCAAGGGAUUAGUAUAAUUGACCCUCUUGUGCUUUCAAGCAUUGUUGGUGCCUCUGCUAAUUUAGCGAUGUUGGAACUAGGAAAGCAGGUCCAUGGACUCGUUAUACAGCUUGGAUACGAAUCUUGCGUGUUUAUAAGCAAUGCUCUUGUGGAUAUGUAUGCAAAAUGUAGUGAUAUGUCGGCAGCAAGGGAUGUUUUUAGUAGGAUGUCACAAAGAGAUGUUGUUUCCUGGACGUCAAUUAUAGUUGGGGCUGCUCAGCAUGGACAGGCCGAGGAAGCGUUGUCCUUGUAUGAUAAUAUGAUUUUGAAUGAAGUCAAGCCGAACGAAGUGACCUUUGUUGGAUUGAUUUAUGCUUGUAGUCAUGUUGGUUUAGUGAAUAGAGGCCGUGAACUUUUUAAGUCUAUGGUUGAGGAUUACGGCAUUCAUCCUUCCUUGCAGCAUUACACAUGUUUGCUGGAUCUUCUUGGUCGAUCUGGACACCUCGAGGAGGCUGAAAGUGUUAUAAACUUGAUGCCAUUUAAGCCUGAUGAACCUACAUGGGCAGCAUUGUUAAGUGCAUGUAAGCAAUAUAGAAAUGCCAAAAUGGCCAUUAAGUUUGCUGACCAUCUAUUUAGCUUGAAACCUGAAGAACCUUCAACAUAUAUUCUAUUAUCUAAUACAUAUGCUAGUUCCGGUUUGUGGGAACAUGCUUCGAAAGCAAGGCACUUGCUGGAGUCUCUGGAAGUUAGAAAAGAACCCGGUUAUAGCUACAUCUAUUUUGGCAAAGAAAGCCAAAUGUUUUACGCCGGGGAAACUUCUCAUCCAAUGAAGGAUAAGAUUUUCGGUUUGUUGAACGAGUUGGAUGUAGAGAUGAGAAGGAGAGGUUAUGUUCCAGAUACCAGCUAUAUUUUGCAUAACACGGAUCACCAAGAGAAGGAGAGGCAACUGUUUUGGCAUAGUGAGAGAUUAGCCGUUGCUUACGGGCUUCUUAAAUCCGUUCCGGGAACCGUCAUACGGAUAGUGAAGAAUCUCCGUGUGUGUGGAGAUUGUCAUACUGUCUUAAAACUCAUUAGUGACAUAGUGCAAAGAGAAAUCGUCGUCCGAGACGCCAAACGAUAUCACCAUUUUAAGGGUGGGAAAUGUUCGUGCAAUGACUUUUGGUGACUCUGUUUUCAAUUCCAUUGUUUCAUCUUUAUAUCUCUGCCACUUUUGGAAGUUUCUCUAUGUUAAGUAUAUGAUCUUUUGGGUUACAUCUUUACAUCAGUCAAAAAAAUUUUUAUUCAA